AUGGCGAUGAAUUUGGACGAAGAAGUUUUCAGGUCCCUCCUGGAGGCGCUCACGUCCACCAACAGCGCCGCGAGGAACGAUGCCGACGCCAAGAUCAUGGCGCUCAAGAUGACGGACAUCAACACCGCUCUCAAGCUCACGCUCAACGUGCUGCUCACCGACCCCAACGAGGACCACAGGCUGCAGGCGGUGGUCCUCCUCAGGCUGCUGCUCGACCUGUCGAAGUCCGGGGACGCACCCAGGAACAUGUGGAAGGCUGUCUCGCCUGAAGCGAAGGCCUUGCUGAAGCAGUCGUUGCUGCGUUGCCUCGAGGUGGAGACCCAGAACUCCAUCAGGAGCAACGCCUGUGACACCAUCGCCGACCUGUGCGACGCGUGCCUGGCGCCUGACGAGUGGCCGGAGCUGACCAGGUGCACCAUCCAGCUCAUCCAGGAGGAGAACCCGUUGUACAAAAAGUCGGGGUUCAAGCUGCUGGGAGAGUGCUUCACCUACUUCGCGGACGAGCUCUCGCCGCACCUCAGCAACGUGGUACAGCUGACCAAGAACAGCCUCAUGGACGCCAACGCCUCCGUCAGGACGGAGACCAUCUGCGCCAUUUCGAACGUCCUCGAGGACGACGUGCUGGACAUCGCAUCGCAGCUGGGCGACGCCACGCCUUACAUCAUCGGCCACAUCAAGCAGCUCGCCGUGUCAACGGACAACGCAUCGAGGGUCGAGCUUGAGCGGUCGAUGGCCGGCCUCAUCAUGAUCGUCGACAACAACGCCAAGAUCCUGAAGCCGCACCUGCAGCUGUUCUUCAACAGCAUGAUGGAAAUCGCAACCACUGAAAGCGCCCAGCCCAACCUGGACCAGGAGAUCAGGUGCAUGGCCAUCGAGGCCCUCGUGACGCUGCCCGAGAAGAAGCCGCAAAUGGCGCUCACGAUCCCCAAUUUCGGAUUGCGCAUGGUUGUCUGCCUAAUGAACGCCAUGUUGGACAUCGAGGACGACAGCUACGCGGAGUGGCUGGAGACCGGUGACACCGACGACGACGUGCAGCGUCUCUACGACGCCGGCGAGGAAGGUUUGGACAGGCUGGGACGUGCGUUCGAGGACCUCGACGACUCCCCAUUCAUGGACUGGGUGCUGUCCAACGCCUCGCAGUUCAUCCAGCAGCCCAGCUGGCAGCACGUAUUUGUGGGAAUCAUGGCAAUAUCGCAGACCGUGGAAUACCUCACUGAGGACGAAGUGGAGGAGCACAUGCCCUCCAUCAUCAAAAUCAUGAUCGAGAAGCUUAAGGAUCAGGAUUACAGGGUGAGAUUCGCUGCGUGCCAGACCAUCGGGCAGAUCGCACUGGACCACCAGCCCUACGUGCAAAUGACCUUCUUCGAGGAGAUCAUCCCGGCGCUCCUCAGCACCUUCGAGGACCAGAGCCCAAGGGUGCAGUCCCACGCUCUCUCGGCGUUCAUUAACUACGCCGAAGAAGUGCAGAAGGAGAACCUGCUCCCGCUAGCUGAUGUGAUUGUGAAGCAGCUGCUCGUGAAGAUCACCCCCGCCGCACACAAGUCCGUGCGUGAGCAGGCCAUCACCUCGAUGGCGGUCGUCGCAGGGGUGCUUGAGGAGCAUUUCUUCAAAUACUACUCCACGAUCAUGCCGCUUAUGAAGGAGACCAUCGCCACCUGCGUGGGCCCAGAUGACCGCACCUGCCGUGGAAAGGCCAUUGAGUGCAUUUCCAUCAUCGGAAUGAGUAUAGGACGCGACGUGUUCCUCCAGGACGGUAUCGAGUGCAUGAACGCGCUCAUUCAAAUCAUGCAAGAGCCAACCACGCCAGACGACCCCGUCAAGGAGUACAUCGACGAGGCGCUUGGCAGGCUCUGCACAGCGCUUGGACCCAACUUCUGCCCCUUCCUACCCACCAUCGUGCCGCUGAUUCUCAGGUCGUUGGAGGGUAACAUCAAGUCGUUCAACGACGAGGGCGACGACAUGACGCUCAACAUGGGCGCCGAGGGUGCCGCGGGGCUGCGCACCACGUUGGUUGAGGAGCUGGAGAGGAGCCUCAACCUCAUUGCCAACAUCGUAGAGGAGCUGAAGGAGGGCUACGACGACUACGUCGUGCCCACUGCCCAGGCGCUCAUGCCCAUCUUGGGCUACGUGCUCACAAGCGAGCUGAAGCAGAAGGCGCUCUACGCCAUGGCCCAGAUCAUCAACGCCAAGAAGCUUGCUCUGGAAAAGAACGGAGGAUCCAAGGACGCAUUCAUGGAGAUUGUGCUCAACACCCUCAACAACGUCAUCAGCGCCCUGGAGAAAGCGAGGGACAACGAGUCGCAGCUCAGCAUGCCAGUUGAAAUCCUCACCGCCAACGCCGACGGGCUUUACAAAUGCCUGGACAGCGCAGGCCCUGGCAUCCUGAACGUCAACAUCCUAAACGUAGUCGGACAGAAGCUGCUGGAGCUCAUCGAGGAGUCGUCGAGGUUCAAAAAGGCCUACAGCAAAUACAAGAUGAACAAGGAUUUGGACCCGGACGAUAUAAUGUCGCUGGAGAUUGACGAAGAAAAUGAACAGGCGUAUCGGUCGGCAUUGCUGGAGCUCUUCGGUGUUAUCAUGAAGCACCACCCCGACGAAUUCAUGCAAACGUGCCACAACGCCUGCUUGCAGUUCGUCAUGGCCCACCUUGCCAAAAGCCAGGCCGACGACAUCGCGGUUGGACUCUAUCUGUGCGACAACAUGAUCGAACACCUCAAGUCCAGGAUAGUGCCCGUAUGGCCACAGUUCCUGGGCUACAUUUUCAAGUACGUCGAGAGCAAAAAUGCCAACGUGCGCCAAUCGGCCUGCUACGGCGUGAGCCUCCUCGCCAGGAUGCCUGAGUUCGCAGGGAUGGAGAACGAGGCCGCUGCGAAAAUUGCGGCGUCCCUGAGGAUGACCUUCUCCUCCACAUCCUCUUCCAAACGCGAACAGCAGGCGGCGACAGACAACGCAGUCGCCGCCUUGGGUGAGAUCAUCAAAUUCCACGGCGCGAACCUGAACGACGCAGCCGCCUACCUCAACAUGUGGCUGAAGCACCUGCCAUUGAAGGCAGACGAGGAAGAGGGCAAACGUGUCCACCAGGGUCUCAUGGACCUCAUCAUCGCUAACGACCCAAGCAUCCUGGGCCCCGACAACUGCAACAUGGGACAGCUUGCCAAAAUCUUCAUCACCAUAUACGAGACCGACUCUUCAACUGAACAGCUGAACUCGCAAAUCAUUCAGCUAAUGAAGCAUCUCGGAGAUGGAUUCCUGCAGCAGCUGGCUCCCUCCCUGCCCAAGAAACUUCAGAUGCAACUGAAGACCAUAAGGAGAGCCAUGUGA